AUGGCACCAUCAGCGACUGUGACCACGACAGAGCAACACCCUGUUCUUACCCUUCGAUCAGAUGGUCUCGAGCGAAUCAAGCUCGACGGGACUGACCGUCGUUACGGUGACUGGAGAGACGACUUGAUCCGCGAUGGAUACGCAGUUAUCAGGGGCGCUAUCCCCAAGGAGCGCGCUCUGAGCUACGCCAACCGCAUGUACGGCCUUGUCGAGAGUUUCGGGCAAGGAUACAACCGCAACGACCCGUCCUCAGUCCACCCCGACAAGCUCCCUGUUAUAAACGAGAAGGGCAUGCUGCUCAACUACGGGGCGGCCCACGAGGACUUUGUCUGGGCUAUCCGCUCCGAGCCAGGCGUGGUUGGCGCUUUCGAGAAGGCUCUCGGAACUGAGGACCUGAUCGUGUCGUUCGACGCCAUCAACUAUGGCUUCGCCAACCGAGAGAACCUCCCUGCCAAUAAGCCUUGGCCGCACCAGGAUCAGGACCCUGAUGUUCCCGGCUUCCGAUGCCUGCAGGGUCUUGUCAACCUCCUUCCCAACGGCCCCAAAGACGGCGGUCUCAUUGUCGCCAAGGGAGGCCACAACCUGAGCAAGCAGUUCCAUGAUGAAAUCCGGGGAACAGAGGAGAGAAUCCCCGCGUGGACCAGAGAGUGGUAUGGUUUCACCGACAAGGGCAUGCAGUGGCUCAAGGACCACGACUGCGAGUGGUACAAGGUCGAAGCCGAGCCCGGCGACCUGAUCGUUUGGGACUCGAGGACCCCCCACUACAAUGUGCCAGUGUCCUCAAACCAAGACAGAAUGGCAGUAUACACAUGCUACAUGCCAGUCUCUGAGGCUUCUCAGGAGGAUCUGCUACGCAAGAAGAAGGCUUUUGAGGACCGUCUUGGAACUACCCACUGGCCCAACGCCAUGCACCUCGGCAGCAACGAGGCCAAGAGGAAUGGCAAGCCUGACCACAUCAUUCGAGGCCGGCCUCUUCAUGAGCCUAUCCUGAGCGAGAGGGCGUUCAAGUUGACUGGAAUUCCCUACAUCAAGGCUACCACUAGCUAG